UCCAGUCUACUGUAAGCCAGUCAGGAAAGGACUCCAAAGCUCCCCAAUCAACCGCGGAAAUGUUCAAAACAGAGAAACUAAGAGCUUUGAUUAAUGACCGACUGACGGCGGCUGCUGAGGAGAUUUUCAGUUUGUUUGAGGAAACUCUGAAGGACUACGAGGAGACAGUUUUACAUUCAAAGCAGGAGGAAGAACAAGAAGGAAGACUGGUUGAGUGGCAAGGACCCCUCCAGCUGUGUGUCCAGGAGGAUGAUGCUCCCUUUGAGCAGGAUCACUGUGGGAGGACUGAUCUGUGUGAGAAAGACCAGGAGCCGCUGCAGAUUAAAGAAGAAAGAGAGGAGGAACUGUGGGCUGCUCAGAAAAGUGAAAACCAGGAGACUGACACCAAAGACUCUUUGUUCAAUAUCAUUGAUGUGCAAAGAAGUGGUGAAGAUGGAAACCCGAUCAUAAAUCAAGACUUUCAAAAUAAAGGAGAGUCUUUGCCUGGCGACUCAUGUGAACAGUUCAAAUCUGAUCCUAAUGUUUUUGUUUCUCAGCCAACCAGUGACUGCCAGACGAGUGGAUUCAGUGAUGAUGAAUGGAGAGAGUGUGGAGAAUUUAACUCUCGGGGUAAAAGUAAGAAAUUACAGCAGACUGGUGAAGCAUCGGACAGGCCGUACACCUGCAGCGUUUGCGAAAAGACUUUCAAGAUUAAAUCUAUCCUGACUCGCCAUAUGAAGACGCACUCAGGAGAGAAACCGCACAGCUGCAGCGUUUGUGGCAAAAGCUUCAUCCAGCGCUCGUACCUGCAGACCCACUUGAACUCUCACUCCGGACAAAAGCCGUACACGUGCCGCUUCUGUGGCAGAGGGUUCACACAAGCCGGGAACAUGAAGGCCCACAUCCGCAUCCACACGGGAGAGAAACCCCACAGCUGCUCCGACUGUGGCAAAAGCUUCAGAGAGAAGGCAGAUCUGAUUAAGCACAGAGUAAUUCACAGCGGUGAGAAACCCUACAUCUGCACCGUGUGUCAUAUGAAAUUCAGAGUUCAGUCUAAUCUGACACGCCACAUGAUGACUCAUUCAGGGGAGAGGUCUUUUGGUUGCACCACGUGUGGAAAAAGUUUCUUCCGACGCUCCCAUUUAAUCAUUCAUAUGAAGACUCACACAAGAGAAAAUGUUUAGACUUUAGAUAUGACUCAGUUUGGUAUUAAAUCACUUACAAAGCAGAGGGGAAUGGUUUUGAUCUAUAAAGUCUAUUUCCCCCUUUUGAUUGGAUUGACAUCAUGUACAAAUCAUUUUUUUGACAAGUUGUUAAUAUAUAUUUUUGUAAUGUACAAUGCACACAGAAAGGUGUUAAACUGUUUCCUCUUCUAAGGGACCAACAUUUAGUAUAGCGUUCAGUAAGGAGAGAUUUUUCUAGUGAAAUAAAGAAACGGUCAUUUUGACCGCCGUCGA